CGGGCACCGCCAUGACAUCUCUGCUGCUGCUGCUGCCACUGUUUGUGGUUCUUCUGAGUCCAGGAGAGUCAUUCCAGGGGCGGCAUCACAAGCCACGCAAGGACCAUUAUGAAGAGGAAGAAUCCAGUGAGGAGCUCUGCCAUUUCCCUUUCCGUUUCCAGCGAAAAAUGCACCAUGCCUGCCACUCCGGUACCUAUCAUCCUAAACUCUGGUGCGCCACCACAGAGAACUAUGACCGAGACCAAAAAUGGAGAUACUGUGGGAAAAGUGAAAGGCCAAGAGGACACUGUGACUCUAACCCAUGCCAGAACAAUGGUGUCUGUGAAGCUCGGCAAAAUGGGUUCCGUUGCUCCUGUGCCCCCGGUUACCAUGGGAAACGCUGUGAGAGAGAAGACUGCUUUGGAGCACGAAGACAGCUACACAUUGGCAGGAAGGACAGCUGGAUGCGGUUCCAUCAACCUACGAGACUGGAGGAGUGCCACUGCAGUAAAAAGAAGAUCCAGUGCAAGGCUGUUCAUGGAAAGGCAUGUGCAAGAAAUCCCUGCUUGAAUGGAGGCCACUGCUUAGAGCAGAAAGAUGGCUGGGUCUGCGCUUGUCCUGAAGGCUUUUCUGGACCACUGUGUGGCAUAGACCACAAUCAGACCUGCUACAGUGGGAAUGGGCACUCAUACCGAGGCAUGGUCCAGAGCAGUCGCUCAGGGAUCCCCUGCCUGCCCUGGGACUCCCCCAUCCUGCUUCAAGAGUUCUCCAGCAAUUUCCCCAGAGCAUCCAGCUUGGGUCUGGGGGAACACAACUUCUGCAGAAACCCAGACAGCGACAGCCAGCCGUGGUGCUACGUGCUGCAAGAGGGGCACCUCACCUGGGAGUUCUGCAAUGUCACUCGCUGCCAAGCCCAGCCUGCAGGCACCACAGCAUCCCCUCCAGUAAUAACUGUUCAGCAUGUAAGGGACUCAGCACCAGUCGUUACCACUAACUUGACCCAGACUGUAACUAGGUCUGUCCCGGCUGCAGCUUGUGGGAAGCGUUAUACCAAGGUCACCUCUUCACGUUCCCGUGUAGUGGGGGGUAUGGUGGCGCUUGCUGGUUCCCACCCCUACAUGGCCGCCAUAUUCAUCGGGGAGCAGUUCUGUGGAGGGAGCCUCAUCAGCUCCUGCUGGGUCCUGACUGCUGCGCAUUGUUUCGAGAACAGGCCCAAUGUGUCCUUGAUUUCCGUGGUGCUGGGCCAUACUCUCUACAACCCCAACACCGUAGGCUCCACGAAAGUCCGAGUACAGAAUUACCUGCUGCAUGAGAAUUAUUCUGUGAUUAACAAGCACCAUGACAUUGCACUGGUGCGGUUGAAGGAGGACAAGGAGAAGGCACCAGGGCACUGUGUUGAAUUUUCACGCUACAUUUCCCCCGUUUGCUUGCCCAGUUUGAACAAGACAGCACUUAACAUUAGCGAGGAAUGCCAGAUUGCUGGAUGGGGGUAUAUGUACGAAGGAGCCACCCAUCUCGCUAAGAAUCUGCAGGAGGCACACGUGCCUAUUAUGCCUGAGAAGGAGUGCCGUUCUGCCAAGGUGCUUGGGAACCACAUUGCAGAAGGCAUGCUAUGUGCUGGAUACCUGGACGGAAGAGCUGAUGCAUGCCAGGGAGAUUCCGGUGGGCCCCUGGUGUGCGAGGAGCAAGGCAGGGCCACCCUCCGCGGCAUUGUCAGCUGGGGCUUGGGGUGUGCACAGAUGAACAAGCCUGGGGUCUACACCAAUGUUACUCACUACCUUGACUGGAUCCAAAGUAAGGUUCAUUAGCAAUCCUGUGAGUACAAUUCCUCUACAAUAAAACCCCAAGAUGUCCGUC